CGUCUCGCUGAAUGAGGAAGUCCGGAGGGGUGGGCGCGACACCGUAUAUAUAACCGUGCGCCUGCUCAUCUUCCCGCUUCACUCCCCGGUCCCUGCGAGCCGCUAAGCCUGUCUCCUCUCUUCUCUUCUCCAUCUCCCCCCUAGUCUAUAGGUGUUUAUAGUAAAAUCAGUGCUCUAGAACCAUGGCGUGGGAUGGCUAUAUAACCAACCUGAUGGCGGGAACACCUCCCUUCGUGGAAGAGGCAGCUAUCUGUGGAUCUGAGGCUGGGAAGGAGUCGGUCUGGGCAGCAACACCUGGAGGCCAACUGGCUGGUGUGACGGCUGCAGAGAUCAAGACCAUGAUGUCAUUGGAUCGUUCUCCUCUGUUCGCCAGUGGUCUUCAUCUCAGUGGGAACAAGUGUACUGUCCUUAGAGAUAAUCUCCAUACUGAAGGCGACCACACUUUAGACGUUAAGAUGAGACCCACCGCUACUGAUCCCAACCCCUACAGCAUCACCAUCGCUAAGAGUGGCCAGACUCUGAUCAUUGUUAAAGGGAUGAAGGACAUUCCUGGAGGAAAGAUCAACAUAAAGGCCUCCGACAUGAUGCAGUACCUGAGGAAGAGUGGCUUCUAACGCCUGACCCCUGACCCCUGACCCCUGACCCCUGCCCCCCCCGUGUUGAGUGAAGCUGCUCUUAGAUGCUGAUCCUGGAUCAGUUUAGCGUUCCCCCUCUAAGGUUAGGAUUGGGGGAAUGGAAGCCCAUCUGUGCCUAGUGGACGUUUCAUCCCAGCAGCCUCAGUGCCUUGUUGUUUUAGAUGAUGAUGAUGAUGAUGAAAUGCAAAUGAACAAACGUGAAAUUAUUAUAGCGGCAAAUAAAAUAAACAGAUUUAUUCUAAGAAAAUA